UCUGAUGUGGAAACUUCUUGGCUAUAACAUGUUGAAUAAGUAGUUUCCGAUGUACAGUCAAAACUCUAAUGUGUUGUCCAUGCUGUCGCUGACCUGUUGGCGCAAACUGUGUUCCUGCCUUGAGUGUCUAAAAUAACGCUCUACUGUCUAUAUCUACAGAGGCCGUAAGAUGGAUUCAGUUAAGUGCUUCAGCGCUCCCUCGUGGCUUGACAAAAGCUACUACCACAAGAUUUUAGUACUUGAAGGUGCAGGAGAGGCGAUUGAGGUGGAGAGAGUGGACUACAGAUGUGGUGCUGCUGGGGGCCAAGGUUUCCUCAGCUAUACGGUUCACGUUAACGUACACUACAAACACUUUUACGAGUUAGAAUAUAAAAACUUUAAGAAAACAUUCUUUAUAAAGCUGUAUAACUUCGAAACUUAUAUAGGGAAGAUGGUUAGGGAUUUUGGUGUAUACAGGCGUGAACAUGAACUUUAUGAGAGAGUUUUUCCAGAAAUGAACAGUCUAUUCAGAAAUUCAUCAGGCGUAACCGCACGCGGCGUGAAAUGUGACGAUGAAAGAAUUCUAGUUCUAGAAGAUUUGGCCGAUCGCGGCUAUUGUGUGAUGAACAGAAGACUGCAGCUAGACAAAUCCAGUUCAAUUGCAGCCCUAAAAUGUCUCGCUGAAUAUCACGCAGCUUCUGUCAUUCUGAUGAGGAAAUACCAAGAUUUUUCUCAAAGAUACAAGAAAUUGUAUCUUAUUCCAGAGAAUUUAGUGGGUAUUGAAUUGCACUAUGGAUCUAGCUUCGAUUCAGUCGCCACUGCCGUCGGAACGUGGCCAGGAUUCGAGCACUAUGAACAUAAAAUACGCAAUUUUUACGAAAAACGGUUGGGUGUAUUGUUAGAAGAAGAAGAUAGCGAUUCGUUCAAGGUGUUAAAUCACGGUGAUCUGUGGAUAAAUAAUAUACUGUACAAGCGUAGCAGUGAAACUGGCGAAGUGCUGCAUGUGAAACUGGUGGACUUCCAACAUGCCGCUGUCGGUCGUCCAACGAACGAUCUACAUUAUUUCAUUUUCUCAUCUCCGCAAGAAGAGGUAAGAGAGAAGUAUUUGGACAUGAUGCUAGAAGAGUAUCACAAAACUUUGAUGUCAACCUUAAGUGCCUUAGGUGAUGACAGCUGCCAGUAUUCAUUGCAGACUCUGAAACAAGAAUUUGAGGAUACUUUAAUGCUGGGUUUCUUUGCAGCUAACGUCGUUCUCCCAGCUGUCCUACAGGACAACACUGAAGCCUUCGACAUUUUCCAGACUGACGAGACGACGGUGACAGAAAAAUAUCGUGUCUCCUUGAGUGGACUCCGGUGUAAUGAGCGUUUCAGGGAAGUUUACCAGAAAUUACUUCUAUAUUUCGACCGUAAGGGGUUACUGUAG